AGCCUUCAUCGAAUCAUAGUGCUGUCAAAUUCACAUCUGAUCCUUGUCGCCACCGAGCCACGGGCGAGCGCCGUGGCCUCGUUAUUGAGGCCGCUCUGCUAGCUGCAGACCCGGAGGUGCAAUGACGACCAUGCUGCCUACUGGGGUCAUUCGAAAUAGUGAUGGAAUCGGCGGUGAGAUUCAAAGCAUCGACCAUGUCGCAAUCGAGGAUAUUGCGCGACUCUGGAGGGUAUAUCGCACAAAUCGGCGCGCGUUACAAGGCGACACCGGCGGUCGUCUCGAAAACUUCUUUUGGAGGAUAUGGAGUAAUGGCCAAGUAAAUGCAGGCAUCACAGGCUCAGCAGUGGCACGCAUCUUUUUGCACAUCUCAGAAAGCAAAAGUAACGUGGGAAAAACACCAAGGCCUACCUCUCAUCCUCAUACGCAAUCUGAGCUGAGACCCGAGUAUGUUGAUCAGGCUAAUUUGCACAUCCCUCCGCCCUCCCCUUCGGCUUCGUCGUCUUCCUCCCACCCACCCGUCAUCCGCGUAAGUAGUGACGGAGACACAUCAAUGCCAUCUCCCGAAUCCGCUGCCAAUGGCUCAUCACCGUCCCCUUCACCAAAGCCGUUGCCACCUCCAAUCUUGAAAAGUGGCAGGAAACUCUCCGGCAGCGAACCGACCAAAACCGCUAGAAUUGCCUCUCCCGUCCCGGCCGCAGAUGACAGUGAUGAUGGAUUGGCUCCAAGUCCGCAUCCCCGCUCGCCAUUGGCAUCUUCAUUCGAGGAACAUCAUCCUCCCCACCAUCAUCCCCAUGCACAUCAACAACACCAACUUCAUCCUCAUAGAGUGCAUCAUCCUCAUGUGACACAUAUGCCUCCUGGACGAAAGAAGAAGGGCAAAACGGUGUUUGUGGCUGGCGCUGGCCCAAGUCGACGCAGACCAGCCAUGACUCGUCGCAAGUCUUCACAGUCUUCGGCUUCUACAUUGAAGUCACAUCGCUCGGACCCUGGCGAUGCCACCCUUGGCUCGUCUUCUCGGCCAAAGUCGCGGCCCUCUGGCUCACCAGAGACAAGCAUGGCCCGCUAUUCGCCCUCUCCACCCCCAGUCGCUUUUAACGGCGACUCUGCUGCCGCUCUUGCAGAUGCGUCUUUCGCCGAUGAAUCUCCCCUCCGAGCACCCUCCCCCAAUGAUGUCGCAUCCCGAUCACUGUAUAAUACAGAACGUGAUCGUGCCUCAUCCGCUGAGCAGCACGGCUCCAUACGACCCUAUGAUGACUGGGGCGCCAAUCGUGACUUUCAGGCCAGAAUUAGCGAUCGAAGUUCCUCCGACAUGUUUCGCGUCCUCUCCGGUCAUCCAACCCAAACCAAGGCUGCGCCAAUCGUGGCUCCCACAUCCACGGCUGCUGCAGGCGUCAUUAAUAAGGCCGAUUCUCCACCCGCAGCGAGCUCACAACCAACCAUCAUAAACCGAAUCCUGCCGCUCAAGCAGCCCGUCGCCGCCUCAAUCACCAAUCACCCGGCCACGGAUGAGAAUGAGAUGCCUCCAACCCCACCAAAUGGCCUCUUACCACGAACCAAGAGCCAAAGUCAGUUGAGCUUUUUGCUUGAACGAGAUCGUCGACAUAGUGAAGAGGCCGCCAAAGCCCAGCAGCACCUUUACCGAAAGACGUCCACCUAAGGCGAGGGCAAGACCGAGUUCCUUUUGAUUAUUUGCAUUCUCCACUGGCAGCAACAGCAUCACUACCAUCACCCGUACGGUCAUCAUUAUCGUCAUCGCCAACGAGCGCAUAA